AUUGAAUUAGCGCCAAGCCAUCGAGCCUACCUAGAGUUUCGCCAAGAGAGAAAAUAAUCGAAAAUUACAUAUUUUAGUAACCAAACAUGAAUUCCGCUGUAGUCGCCACUUUGUGUGUUCUCUUCCUCUAUGUGCAUCAAGCCUCGGCUACUGGAGACAGUUCUUGCCUCAACUUUACCUUCUCAAAUAUCCUGGGUCUGGGAAAGUGCUUAGGCCCAACUGCUGACCUCUGUACUUCAAAUAGCCAAGCCGCUGUGGACCUAAUUGGAAACCUGGUUUUGUGUGCUCUGGAUGGCAUCGGGGACCUGAAUGUUGGGUCCCAGCUCUAUCUGAUAUUCCAGGGUCUGCUGGUUACUUUUGAGAGACUCAACCUCGGCAUAGGAAAGGAUCUGAUCAGUGGACUCUGCGGUCUUCUUGCAAGCCUGCUGGGGACGACUUGCAGCCUGACCGAAUUAGAUCAGACAACAUUGUGCGACGAACCCCUUGAUUUGAAUCUUCCGAGCGUCCUUGGGGUCGGGGAGUGUUUCGGGACGCAGUUGCAAGUUUGCGACCAAGGACAACUUGUGACUGUAGGUCUCGUGGAGAUUCUUUUUAAUUUUAUCCUGUGUAUGUUGGGCAAGCUGAACGACGCCAAUCUGGGGUCAAUUUUGGGAAAUAUUGUCUGCAGCAUGUUCAAUAUUUUGAACAAGAUUCUUGGGACGUCCUUUAUUACGACGCUGCUCAGCGGUAUUCUUGGUAUAAAUUGUUGAACAUGGCCAUAUGAACAAUAAUUGGUUGCCAAGACGCAGCGAAUUUCUUCAAUGCCACCAUAAAUAAACACCGAAACUUCUACCAUAAC